GUAUUUAGGAGAGAGACAAAAACAAAAGCAAAAAACAAAAAAAGAAAAAUCAUAAUCCACUUUUGGUCCCUUUUACUCAAUUCCUUUUUCUCUCUUUAACUUCUUCUCUCUUUUAUAAAACCCUCUCUCUUAUUAUUUUUUUCCAUUACAAAUUACAAUCUUCAAUUCUCUCUCUUUCAUCACUCAUCAGACAUCACACUUAGCUCAAAAAACACUGUUUUGUUAUCAAUACCAUAAAAUCAGCAGAAACCUAAUUUUCUAUUUUCAUCUUUAAAGUUGCAGAACUAGCUGAAUUUAGUUGGAAUCAAAUUCUUUAUUGAAAAUAAAUUCUGGGGAAUUUUAAUUCGUUGAGGAAAAUUAGAAAACCCAGCUUUUUUUAGGUUCAGAAAAGCUCUGAAUUUAGGAAUCAUUGUUAUAUAGGGGGGUACUAUUUCUUGUUUUCACCCACUCUUUCUCUCUCCUCUUAUCUCAGCACUUGUGUACUGAAUCUGUUUGUUGAUUUGAACUUCUGGGUGAAAAAAAAGUUUCCUUUUUUUAGAUUUUACAAGUAAAUUUUGCUCUUAAGAGGGUAAAUAGCAGUAAAAUGAUUGAUUUAUAGCAGGAAAAAUUGAGAUUUGAGAAGAAUUCUUUUAAGAAGAAAUAAAAAAAAGGAGAAAUCUUUGAUUUUUUUUUUGGGGUGAAAUUCAAGAAAAUGGGGAUGGAAAAUGGAGAGUCAUGUAUUAAGAAGAUACUCAGGAGUUUAUGCUUGAGCCAUGGAUGGACUUAUGGUGUUUUUUGGCGUUUUGAUCCGCGGAAUCAUAUGAUGUUAACUAUGGAAGAUGGUUAUUGUGAGGGACAUGCUGCCAAUUUAAUGGAAAGUAUGCUUGUACAACUCCACAUGCUUGGUGAAGGAAUAAUUGGUGAAGUUGCACUUGAAGGGAAACAAAGAUGGAUGCUUGCAUAUUCUUCAAAAGAAAUUUUGGAAGAUUCUCAGUUUGGUUUCCAAUUUUCAUGUGGAAUUAAGACAAUCGCAGUGAUCCCGAUAGAGAUGCGAGGUGUUGUACAAUUUGGUUCCACGAAAGAGAUUUUUGAAGCACAAGAGUUCUUGGAUCAAGCAAGGAAAUGUCUCCAAGACCAGAGUUUGGAUGAGAGUGGCCAGAAUCGGCUGUCUGCUUCCGUGAUCGCAUCACAAAACCCCUUUUUUGACGACGUGUCAACGUCUUGGGGAAAUGGCAUAGAAAAUAGUUUGUUGUUUGAUUCAUUACACUUUCCUGGAGACUUGAUAACUGAUCCAAGUUCUGGGUCUCUGGUUAAGGAUGCCGUAGAUGUGUUUACUGAGCAUUUUGAGCCCGCUCAUUUUCCAGCAUCUUUACUCGAGACAUGCCAAACGGAUGAUUUUUCUCAGUGGCUUGCUGAUUCGUCAAAGCUGUGUGUUAGUGGAUUAGAUUUAGAAGCUAUGCUUUCUGAUGACAUGUCAUCAGAUCUUGGUGGAAGCAACAACAUAUUCUCUAACAUCCAGGGAAGUCAAUCCGCUUGUUCUUCACAAAGCUCUUUGACUCAUAAUGUGUUAGAUUCAUGUAAAGAAGGGAAACCUUCAGUUGUUGGUGCCAAUAACAAUGAACUAUUAACCGAGUUUGGGAUAGAUUUAGGUAGUAGAGAGUUGGGAGAUGUUAUCAAUACUGUUGAAGAUAAAAUUAACCCGUGGCCUAUUGAUACCGGCAUGAGGUUUUCUGAAUGCAUAUCGGAGGUGGUAGGAGGCCGAGGCCAUUCGAUCGCUGCACCCAAGAAGGGGUUGUUCUCUGAAUUAGGCUUGGAACAUCUCUUGAAAGAUGGUUCAACCAUUAAAUCUUGCAUAGAAGAUCAAUGGCCCUCAUCCAAAAAGAGGAGAGUUGAAGCCUAUGAAAUGGUCAAUGAUCAAAUUCAGCAAACCUACCAUUCUUGGGGCGUAAAAUAUAUGCAACCUUCAAGUACUAGUGUCCAAAUGCAGGAUUUUGGGUCCUUAAAAGAAUGUAUGGAGAAGGCACAAUCAAGUUAUAGUAUUGAUGCAAAGAGCUGCAUCAGUAGUGUCAAUGCAAAAAUGAGGAAGACUGAAGAGCCUCCAAAGGCCUCCAAGAAAAGAGCAAGGCCUGGAGAAAGUACCCGUCCUAGGCCAAAAGAUCGACAGUUGAUUGCUGACCGUAUCAAAGAUUUGAGAGACCUUAUCCCUAAUGGAGCUAAGUUAAGCAUUGAUGCUUUGUUAGGACGCACAAUUAAACACAUGCUUUUCUUGCAAAACUUGAACAAGCAUGGAGACAAACUCAAACAAGCUGAUGAACCUAAGUUGAUUGAUCAGAGUAAUGGCUUAAUUCAAAAAGGCAGCUCAGCCUCCAUCUCUUCAGGUGGCAGUGGGCGUGGUGCUACAUGGGCAUAUGAAGUUGGAGGCUCAAACCUCCUUUGUCCCAUCAUAGUAGAGGACCUUAAUGAACCCGGACAAAUGCUCAUUGAGAUGCUCUGUGAAGAACGGGGAUACUUCCUGGAGAUUGCAGACAUCAUUCGAGGCUUUGGCUUAACCAUUCUCAAGGGAGUGAUGGAAAGUAGAAACGACAAAAUAUGGGCGCAUUUCAUCGUUGAGGGAAAUAAGCAUGUUACAAGAAUGGACGUAUUUGUAUCCCUCAUGCAUCUUUUGCAAGGCACUAACACUAGUGAAGUAGUAAACACAGCGUGCGAGCCUACUAACAUUGUCAGCGAUGCAGCCCCGUUGUGGGGCAAUUUUCAACAGCAUAUGGUGCCACUUCCGAUUUAAGUGAUCAGCGAACGCAAACUAUGCUAAGAAGAAAGCAUUUGGAUUUUAGUUUAUGUAUAGAGAUCUAGGAACUUAACCAAAGUGCACGUUGUCGUUGGCACGAAGAGGAGUAUCAACAAAGUGAAUUGCUUCUCUCCUACAAGUUACUAUUUGCUGACAAUGCGAGUAUAAUGGCAAAUCAAACAAAUUAGAAUUGUCAAAAUACCGUUAGCAAAUGACAGAUUUAUCAUAUCUGUGCAGCUGGUUAUUUUUUCUGUUCAAUUUUGUUUGGUCUUGAGGGUAACUUGUUAUUAGUAUUUAGCCUGUUUAUAUUAAUUUGGUCUUAUUGCAGUCUGCAGAUGUAGCUUGCAAUAUAGUGUUAGAAAUUUAGCUGGUAUACUUAGGGCUGACUCUUGAGGCUCUUGCUUGUUUUGCCUCCAUUUUUUUGUGGUCAUUUGGUAUGUAAAUGGAAGAUCAACCUCUUUCUCUA